ACCAAAUUCCCGACGAGAGUGACAACAGACGUAGACCGGCAGACGACAGUCAGGAAUUACCCAAGCACAGCGUCUCAGUCAGAAAACUGGCAUUACUCAACUCCUCCUGCUUGGGAAGCAUCAACCAUAUUCCCGACGAAAGUGACAACAGACGUAGACCGACAGACGACAGUCGGGAAUUACCCAAACAGAGCGUCUCAGUCAGAAGACUGGCAUCAAUCAACUCCACCUGCUUGGGAAGCGUCAACCAAAUUCCCGACGAGAGUGGCAACAGACGUAGACCGGCAGACGACAGUCGGGAAUUACCCAAGCACAGCGUCUCAGUCAGAAGACUGGCAUCAAUCAACUCCUCCACCUGCAUGGGAGGCAUCAACCAAAUUCCCGACGAGAGUGACAACAGACGUAGACCGGCAGACGACAGUCGGGAAUUACCCAAGCACCGCGUCUCAGUCAGAAAACUGGCAUUACUCAACUCCUCCUGCUUGGGAAGCAUCGACCGAAUUCCCGACGAGAGUGACAACAGACGUAGACCGGCAGACGACAGUCGGGAAUUACCCAAACAGAGCGUCUCAGUCAGAAGACUGGCAUCAAUCAACUCCACCUGCUUGGGAAGCGUCAACCAAAUUCCCGACGAGAGUGGCAACAGACGUAGACCGGCAGACGACAGUCGGGAAUUACCCAAACACAGCGUCUCAGACAGAAGACUGGCAUCAAUCAACUCCAUCUGCAUGGGAGCCAUCAACCAAAUUCUCGCCGGGAGUGACUACAGACGUAGACCGAGUGACAGCAGACGUAGACCGGCAGGCGACAGUCGGGAAUUACCCAAGCACAGCGUCUCAGUCGGAAAACUGGGAUUACUCAACUCCUCCUGCUUGGGAAGCAUCAACCAAAUUCCCGACGAGAGUGACAGCAGACGUAGACCGGCAGACGACAGUCGGGAAUUACCCAAACACAGCGUCUCAGACAGAAGACUGGCAUCAAUCAACUCCACCUGCGUGGGAAGCAUCAACCAAAUUCCCGACGAGAGUGACUACAGACGUAGACCGGCAGGCGACAGUCGGGAAUUACCCAAACACAGCGUCUCAGUCAGAAGACUGGCAUCAAUCAACUCCACCUGCAUGGGAGGCGUCAACCAAAUUCCCGACGAGAGUGACAACAGACGUAGACCGGCAGACGACAGUCGGGAAUUACCCAAGCACAGCGUCUCAGUCGGAAAACUGGGAUUACUCAACUCCUCCUGCUUGGGAAGCAUCAACCAAAUUCCCGACGAGAGUGACAGCAGACGUAGACCGGCAGACGACAGUCGGGAAUUACCCAAACACAGCGUCUCAGACAGAAGACUGGCAUCAAUCAACUCCACCUGCGUGGGAAGCAUCAACCAAAUUCCCGACGAGAGUGACUACAGACGUAGACCGGCAGGCGACAGUCGGGAAUUACCCAAACACAGCGUCUCAGUCAGAAGACUGGCAUCAAUCAACUCCACCUGCAUGGGAGGCAUCAACCAAAUUCCCGACGAGAGUGACAACAGACGUAGACCGGCAGACGACAGUCGGGAAUUACCCAAACACAGCGUCUCAGACAGAAGACUGGCAUCAAUCAACUCCACCUGCGUGGGAAGCAUCAACCAAAUUCCCGACGAGAGUGACUACAGACGUAGAC